GCGUGUGUGGGCGCGCGCGGUGGCGUCGUUACGCGCGGGGAUGGCGACGAGGGCAUCACGACGACGACAACGGCGGCAGCGGCGCGGCCGAUUGGAAGGAGUGGGAAUCGUUUCGAGGAAGGGAGAACUCGCUAUCGCGACAUGGUGGGAGCCGCGAGGUGCGUGCGCGGUCGAGUCGUGCGGGCUGCUGUCAGUGUCAGUUGGUUCGCCGCGGCGACUUGUAGUGUCGUUGACGUGUAAACUGACUCCGUCGCUCUGGUCAACCAACGUUACGUUUUUCCGCGCGCAUCUUGUCCACGUCGUGAAAACCGAAACCGAAAACAAUACUUCUCACGAUUUCCUUCGGCAAUAACGGAACGGCCGGCACGUGAACAUUCCUGCUGACGGAACAGCCGAGGGAGGAAACACCGGCUUGUGGCGCGAAGCCUUUUCCGGCUUCGAAAGCGGUUUGCCCGUCAACGGAGGACGGGCGACUCGAUUCCUCGCGGCUUUAUUCGCACGCGGAAAGCGAAGAGUUCGCGGUUGUUCUCUCGUGACGCGCAAAUCGGCUACUGGUGACGUACGAUUGCGGGUGCGAUUGUUCAGGAAACGUAACGCGCACUUCUCGCAUUAUUCGGCGAUUCUCCGCCCCCAUCAUCGAGAUCAAUACAGUACAUCGAUAUACAGCAAAGCGGUUACGUGUAAGUGCGUACCCCGGAACGACGGGUACGUGCAGUAGAUAGGCAAGACGUUCACGACGGCGAAACUCUCGGACCGGAUAUACAUGUAACAUUUGACCCAUACUCGUAUUGGACAGUACACUUCGAUUUCUCGGCGGAAGAUCAGUGAAACGUGCCGUGACCUAGUGUCCCCGACGACAACAAGGAGGAGAAGACUCGUACACGACUGUGGCUCUUUGGAAAUCGGCGAGGAACGCCAGCGUCGGGUCGCUAUGAUGGAGUCGCUCUGCCAGGUAAACGGCAGUAAGACCAACGGCAUGAGCAAUGGAGAUCUUAACAACGAGACGAACAACAAUAAUACGAACAAUAACAACAACAACACUACCCAGAAUAACAACAACAACAAUAACAGCAAUGCCUCCGAUUGCACGGAUCCUCAACAGAGGCUGGCGGUGCUCAGCUUCGAGCAGGUUCGCCGUCUAAAUGAUGUGAUGAACGAAGUUGUCAGCAUCCACGGCCGGGGCAACUUCCCCACGUUGGAGGUGCGGUUGAGUGACCUCGUGACAGUGGUGCGCAGCAAGCUGGAGACCGAUCCGAGCAACGGGGGCGCCGGCAUGAGGGUGCGCGACAUCCGACUGAACGGAGGCGCCGCGUCCCACGUGCUGGCCACCGAAUCUCAGCCCUAUAACGACCUAGACCUUAUCUUCGCGGUUGAGCUGUCCAGCGGCCGCAAUUACGACAAGGUCAAGGCCGCGGUGCUCGGCUCUCUGUUCGACCUGUUGCCGGAGGGCGUGAGUCGCAAACGCAUCACCACGUGCAGCCUAAAAGAAGCGUACGUGAGUAAAAUGGUGAAGGUGAACAACGACGGUGACCGAUGGUCUCUGAUCUCCCUCGGCAACUCCCGGGGCCAUCGGAACGUCGAGCUCAAGUUCGUCGACUCGAUGAGACGACAGUUCGAGUUUUCCGUCGACUCCUUCCAGAUCGUUCUCGACUCCCUACUGCUGUUCUACGAGUGCAGCAAGCUGCCGAUCGCCGAGAACUUCUACCCCACCGUCGUGGGCGAGUCCGUCUACGGUGAUUUCCAAGAGGCGCUGUACCAUCUGCACAAAAAGCUGAUCUCGACGAGGCAUCCCGAAGAGAUACGCGGCGGCGGCCUGCUCAAAUACUGUAACCUGCUAGUGAAAAUGUACAAACCAUCUCAGCCGGAUUACAUAAAGACGCUCGAGCGGUACAUGUGCUCGAGAUUCUUCAUAGACUUCCCGGACAUAGGGCAGCAGCGCUCGAAACUCGAGAAUUAUUUGUGGAAUCACUUCGUCGGACCCGAGGAGGAGGCUCUCAAGUACCAGUACCUGAUGCUGUUGCACAGCGUCGUCGAGGAGUCUACCGUCUGUUUGAUGGGCCACGAACGACGGCAGACGCUCGCCUUGAUUCAAAACCUUGCCUACCAGGUGCUCUGCCAGGAGCAGCAGCAGCGGCUGACAAGUCAUCAGCAGGCGCCGCAGGGUCCGCCUGCCACUUACGUUUACGCCAACGGCUAUUACUACGCGCCUGUAAUACCCACGGCGCCGUGCUAUACUUGCACCUGCAACUGGAUGGCAUGCUCGUCGUGAUGCAACAGCAUCGAAGAUAAUACUGUAUCCGUAGACGCCACCACCACCGCCGCCGCCGCCGCCGCCGCCGCCGCCGCCGCCGCUGUCGUCAUCGGUUCCGCCGAU